AUGUUAAGGCAAAGAGAAACACUGUCAAUCAGCCAGACUCAGACGGUGGAAGGGGCGAGAGAUGCGUUGAAGGUAAAGGGAAUGAGAGGAAAAGACACCAAGAUCGCAAAGGAAGAGAUGAAGACAGCUUUCAGACACGUACAUAGCAUGUUCUAUACCAUUGUGUACAUAUAUGUCAUGCGUAACAUAUCCAUAGCUAUUCAAUAUCAUGUCAGAUUUAAUUCAAACUAUAACGGCGUAAGGAGCACGUGGUCUCCCAGAUUUAUGAAUCGUAAAUUUUUCAUAUCUAACUUUGGACACUUGGAUCAGUCGAAAUACCUGACACCCUGUGCUUUUGAUUUUGGAGUGCCAUGCAUUGAAAAAGAAUGCGUUAUUAAGCCGGUCUCUGUUAAGAGCACUGGGAGCGUCGUCCAUUUCACUGCAGAUGCCACCUCCUUGCGAAUAUGGGCCUUGCAUGUGAAUAUUCAUAGCUGCAUGUCUCUGCCGGCCAAUCAGGGCGUUGUUGACAGUGCGAGGCCGAAGGUCCCCACGUGCAGAGGUAGCUUCACGCCGCUCUUCGAACACAACGUGGUCACCAUGCGUGGGAUGGAGAAGACUUACUUUUGGGGACUUACCCUUGAUGGGUCUACAAAAGAAAAGACCUGGGAAGGCCAGUGUGUACUAAAUAACCUUGAAGCCACAACUACCACACAUACACUGUCAAUCAGACAGGUCGUCUUAGGUCCAGAGGCCAAGGAAGGGGAGGUCAAUGUGGUUGAGCUUGAGGUCAAAGGUUACAAGGACCAGAAACACAAAAUCCCUGUGUGCGUCACAAAGGCUGGAGGAUCAUAUGUCACAGGUGUUGAUGUCCUAAUAGAAGACACCCCAGCCAUUUUCCGUCUGACACAGGGCUCAGGGCCCAUCCACCUCAGUGGGACACAUCAAGUAGAGACGACAAUCAUUGAGGAUGAUAUGGAUGACAGCUUGGCUGAGGAGGAGGGCGAAGAGGAGGAUGAAGUUGAAGAGGAGGUGGAAGAAUUGCCACCAAAGAAGAAAGCCAAGAAGUAAAUUUUGAAGGAAUUGGAUACAUCAAAGCUUCAAGACAUUGCCAUGUUUUCUAUCCAGUCUUUAAAAUCAUUGUAUGAUUAUGUGUGUCUGUGUGAUUGAUAAAAGAUGAGAGAUUUA